UUGCAAGUGUCAAAAUAGGCCAAUCAACAAAAAAUAAAUAAACAAAUCAAUUAAUUCCAUUAUUAUAGUAAAAUACUAAUAAUUAUUAAUUAAAUUUCCAGAAGACGAUCAGACGAUGUCGCACAGCGAUAGCGAAAUAAACGACGCAUUUAAAACUCGUAUCCGCAAACAGAUGCUUUUAGAAUUCAAGGCUAAGAAACGUUUUCAAUCCUCCAAAGAGGUGAAAAGUCUAACUUUAAAAUUGGAACCGAUUUACCAAGAGUACAGACUCGUCCGGGCCGUGAAUUUGAAUAACACUUGCGAGGUGAAACGUUUGCUGGACAAGGGGGUCAGUCCGAACAGUACCGAUAACGAAAUGAGAAGCGCUUUGCAUAUAGCUGUUAGUAAAGGUUAUUCAGAUAUAGUCCAUCUACUACUACAACACGGAGCCGAUCCCAACAAGAGAGACAUUAUCCAGAACACCCCUUUGCAUUUGGCCGCUUGUAUCCACAAUCUGCCCAUCAUUUCCAUGCUCAUCAAUGCAAAGGCAAAUAUCUGUUGUCUGGAUAUCCACGGAAGAAAUCCCUUGCAAUUAGUUUCCAGCAAGUUGCAGAUUCUAAGGAAAAGCUGGAGAGACGGUUCCAUUGAAAUGGUUAAAUUGCGAGAAGAAUUACAACAGGUAGUGGAUUUACUAUUAUCCUUCCUCAUCCGUGGAGUGGAAGAAAAAAUGGAAAGACUGAACCGAAACAGGGUAAACGUAGACGAACUACAACUGAUGAAAGUCUCUUUGGACUCUCAGCCCGCCGAACAGUUGGACGACCAAAUGUGCAAACUUUUAGACGAUAUCGAAAAAAUACAAAUCAAAUAAUAAUUGUAUUUUUUUGAUACAUUCUUGUGUGGCAUUAAUAAUAAUUAAUUUUAGUUUUAUAAUACAAAUUUUUUCCAGUGACUGAUAUACAAUUGUAUAUGUAAUUUUUCUUUGAAAUAUAAUUUGAUUUUGAUUAUAUUUAGGGAAUGAUUUAUACCUAAAAUUAGGACAGGAAAUUGAAUUCAAAAAAUAAAAAAAACAAACAUUUUAUUAUCAACCAUCAUUAGACACUAAAAAUUGGACAACAAGAAAAAAUGUACAAUAUUUAUAGUUAAACCUAAUUUGGCAUAAUAAUAAUUAAUAUUUUGAUUUAUAUCGGAAUUGGAAAUUACUUAAACCUAAACAGCUUUUUGAUUUAAUAAAUGCAACAUUUGAUAUUUUUGAGGUCAAAAUUGAAUUAAAGGCAACGUCUAAAAUGCGACUAGUUUUUCACAGCCCCAUAUUUACAAAUAUCUUGAGUAUUGUUUACAAGUGGGAUCAGAAAAUCCCCAAUUAAUUCUAAAUAUAUUUUAAUCUAAAAAAAAAAAACCUUCUUAGGGCUGGUUUUUUUGUGAAUACUAGCGUUCAAUGAAUAAUUGGUAGGAACCUUAAAAACUAUCAAACCUGAUUAAGAGAGGUUCCAUGGUGGACAGAAUCACAACCUUCGAUUUUUUCUUAAGCCUUUUAGCGUUUCUAACGAGCGAAACGGAAUGUUCGGAUCAGGGAACCAUCACUCGGGCAAGUUCCGGAAAUAUUUCAGCUUGAAUUGGACCGUACUCGACAUGUUCUCCAUCCACAGUUAUGUACCCAUUUUGUCCCAUAUCGGGCUCUAUCCUGAAAGCAUUGACCGGAAUCAAUUCAAUAUAGCUACUGGCGUCUCUGUUUUCGUUGGCGUGUGCGCCGGUAGUCAAACCUAGAAAGAUU